AUGGAAGCCGAACGGGAAAAAAUGCGACGGAACAUUAGAGAAAAGUACAAUAUCAAGACGAAAGACAACGGAAAUGAGUACAUAGAAGGACGAAUGGUGGGCAACCGCAAAACUGCUGAGCAAAUGGCCCUCGAUCAGCAACAUGCUGAGGAUAGUAUUGUUGGUCAACUCGGUUUGACAGAAGCACUUGAAAAGGCGAAAACGACGGUCAAUGGAGCGGUGGACACCGUGAAGGGUAUAUUUACCUUUGGACCCUUUUCAAAAUAG